CUUCCUCCCUCCCUCGCUCCCUCGCUCGCUCGCUGUGGUGGCUCUGCACAGCUCCUCCGCUCAUUCGCUGCUGAUUCACCCGCUUUCCUCUCCUCUGCCAGUCGCUCUGCCGUGCCGUGCCGUGCUGUGCUCUGCCUGCCUGCCUGCCUCUGCCUGAGAAUGGUCCAGCCGGUGCCUGGGGGUCUGCUGUCGCAGCCUGUCUGAACACACGCACAACCACAAGUGUCAGUCGACACGCGGAAGCACUCACACAUUAACCGGAGAGCAAUGUGAGAGAGGAAGUGCCUUUGCUGAUGUGUGCCGCAGCUUUGACCUGCUUCUACCGCUGAAGCUCUAUCUUCUCCCCACCCCUCCCGCCUCGCUCGCUUGCUGCCGUAGCGCAAGGAAAGGUGGCCGCGCCCUCGUCUGACUGCGCUCCGACCCGUUUGUCCAUCAUCGCCAUCCACCCCUCGCAGUGGGCCGCAGCUUCCACUAAGCCUCACCUGACAGCCCAGCCGGCACAAGGCCCACGCAGAGCAUCAUCGCACACCUUGCCUUUACUUAACCUUCGCCUUGGGCCCUCUAAGCCUCCUCAGUGUCUUUAAGUCCCCACCCCAAAGCAGACUCCACCCAGACUGUCACCUUUGUUGCCUGCUUCACCGCAUCCUAGAGGGCUUUCUCUCCUAUGCCACAUUGGCUUGUGAAUGUUCCAGAAAAAGAAGAGCCGGUGAGCAAUAAGAUUGAACGUUCAGGCAGGCUGCCUCCCGGAUAACAUCGUACUCACUUGAUGGAGAAGAUGGCGCAAUAACUUUCACAGCCUUACUUCGUCCUGCAACAUUUCACCCUGGACACGCCUCGGUCGAUAGGAAACUUUGGUCAACGCGCCAUCUCGACCUCAACAUCGACAUAAACACGCAAAUCGUGGAUUAAAGCCCGAGCGGUACUUUUGAUCAACCAUCCAGUUGCUUUUGGCGCCAGCAAGUUGCCAUGGCGAUGAACAUAGCACAGAUCCGCGACACAAAGUGGCUGACGCUGGAGGUAUGCAGGGAGUUCCAGAGGGGCACGUGUUCCCGCUCGGACCAGGAGUGCAAGUUCGCUCAUCCGGCCAAGAGCUGCCAGGUGGAAAACGGACGAGUCAUCGCUUGCUUCGACUCGCUUAAGGGCCGCUGUUCCAGAGAGAACUGCAAAUACCUGCACCCUCCUCCGCACCUAAAGAACCAGCUGGAGAUUAAUGGCAGAAACAACCUGAUCCAGCAGAAGAACAUGGUCAUGCUGGCCCAGCAGAUGCAGCUCGCCAAUGCCAUGAUGCCUGCCACGCAGCUACCGCCUAUGCCCAUGUUCUCGGUGACGCCCGGCCUGGCCACCAACGCCAACGCUGCGGCUGCAGCUGCGGCCGCAGCAGCGUUCAAUCCCUACAUGAGCCCCGUGUCACCAGGCCUGAUGCCCCAAGAGAUCAUGCCAAGCACCCAAGUCCUCAUGGCCUCCAGCCCCAACGUCAGCCAAGUCCCCAACGCUGCCGCUGCAGCCCAGAAACUGCUGAGAACAGACAGACUUGAGGUGUGUCGCGAGUACCAGAGGGGGAACUGUUCCCGGGGGGAGGACGACUGUCGAUUUGCACACCCCUCAGACAGCACCAUGAUCGACACGAAUGACAACACCGUCACCGUGUGCAUGGACUACAUCAAGGGGCGGUGCUCUCGCGAGAAGUGCAAGUACUUCCACCCGCCGGCGCAUCUGCAGGCUAAAAUUAAGGCCACCCAGCACCAGGUGAACCAGGCCUCAGCCGCCGCUGCCAUGACUCAGUCGGCUGUCAAAUCACUGAAGCGACCCCUCGACGCAACCUUUGACCUGGGUAUGGCCCCCAGUGUCAUGGCUCCCCUGCCAAAGCGGGCGGCCCUGGAGAAAGCCAACGGGGCCUCUGCUGUGUUUAACACCGGCAUGCUCCAGUACCAACAGGCCCUGGCCAGCAUGCAGUUUCAACAGCAGGCCGCUUUCCUCCCAUCAGGCUCAAUAUUGUGCAUGACCCCUACAGCCGGCGUUGUUCCCAUGAUGCACGGCGGUACCCCAGUCACUGUGUCUGCAGCCACCACAUCUGCCACAAGCGUUCCCUUCGCAACUGCCUCCACCAAUCAGGACUCUUCCUUAUCAAAGUUGACUACCAACGAAUACAUGCAAUUGAUUCCAAUAAUAUCUGCGGAUCAUCUGAGUAGUCACAAGUACUUGACUCAAAUGUAGUUCCUCUCAAGAACAAUCAAACGAAUGUGCGCUGGCACCGUCCAAGCCGAAACAGUUCAGCCUUUAUUUCCAUAAAAACUUCAGAAUGUCAAACAACGGGAUUGAGGAGGGUCUGCCAUCUAUCAAAACAUCCAAGGUGCAACCCGUGCCAUUUUCCCCACAUGUCAAAAAGCGGUGAGAGAAGAGGCCAUCUUGGUGCCUGCGGAGAGAGAGGGGGGGUGGGAGUGGGGGGGUCUCAUCACACCGCUGUACAUCAAAAUCAAGGCGCUCAAUUGGUUGUAAUUCACUUCACCGGAUGCAGAGAAGGUCAAAAGGUUACGUUGCGCGAGUCAUAGUACACCUCUGGUACGUCAGGUGACCAAGAUUUCUUUUAUUCCUUUUCUUUUUUUUUUUGUUUGAAUUAAUCAGCCAUAUUUCAUCGUUUACAAAAAAAAAAAAAAAAAAAAGACAUGCACCUUGAAUUUGAAUCGAAAUGAGAGCGGCACAGCCAUUAUGAAACAGGAAUCUGCUAAGACGAUUGAGCGUGUGCAGUAUUUUGUGUGCGUGUGUGUGUGUUUAGUGACUAGUCAAACUAGACACGGAUGGAUGACUAAAUGACGAGGCAUGGACAUAUGAAUGUUGUGGGUGAACCAACAUACCUGUGUACCUUGAAAGCACAGCCAAGCUUGCUCUUCUCACCUUGUCAUGUGCCAUGGAGGCCAUACAGCUCAAACCAGAGUGUUGUCUCAGCAGUGUUAUUUGUUUACCGAGGGUAAAAUCUAAAAAAAAGAAUAAUAAUAAUAAUGUUGUAUGGCUCUUAAUAUUGUUUAAGAAAUGUUCAUAAUUUUAGAAGUGAGUUUUGUGCUAAUUUUUGUGUUUUUAAAAUCUUUUAAUUAUGACCUUUAAAUGGACAAAAAGUCUCUUUUCAUCGACUAGAGUGCUGUUAUUUUAUUGUGUGUUUUUUUUUUUUUAGCUUUGUCGGGAUUUUGUUGUCGCUCAAGUCCAUCGACUUUAAAGCCUUUGGAUUAGUGGUGUGCAGCUUUAACUGACUUGUUACCCCCAGAGUUUUAACUCUGUAAAAGAGGAGAACCGUUGAGCUGCGUGCGAAUGGCAAUGUAAGACGAAAAGGUCAUUGAAACCAAAAAAAAUAAAAAUACACUUGAAUGAUUGUUUGUCCAUGUCAAUUGUCAGAGUCAAACUUAACAAACGGCAGCGGUUCCCAACACACCUUUGUCAAAAUUACAAGAGUAUUAAGCCAAAAAAAUAUAUAUAUAUAUAUAUUUAUCAAAACGAAUAUUAAGGAAUAUUAUGAAUGAAAACUGCCAGAAACCUUUGAUGUAACAUUAGCAUCAACUUUUGUCCUCAUAUUACAGCUAGGUAUUCCUUAUACAUUUUUUUCUUAUGUCGUUUUUAAAAAAAAAAAAAAAAUUACAGAAUUUGUUUUCUUAUGACUUUUAGCUUUAUGAUCUCAUAAUUAUCAUUACAGCUGUUUCCUGGAUAUAUUUUUUUAUUUUUGAAAAAAUACUUUUUUCCUCAUAAAAUACUUAUUUCCUCAUGCCAUAGCUAUUCACCAAAUAAACGCUAUUCUCAUUUUAUUCCAACUUUUUUGCAAAAAAAUCAAGACGUUAUUCUCCCUUUAUUUUGUUGGACUGUUCAACGACUUUUUUAUGGGAAUGCAGCGUUACUCUUUCCUCACAAUAUUCAGUCAUCAUUGAUAGAUCUAAAGUCAUAAUUAUAGUAAAAUAUAUAAAAAGUACUGAAAUAAUAAUGGUCUCAUCUCAAUUUAUAUACAAGUUCCGUGAAAUUCUGGGCCUCUUUAUCUAAAAACAAACCUAUUAUUCUGGAGUUUGAAUAUGUAUCUAAUGGACGAGUAUUUUAUUUCCGCCUGCCAUUGUAUGUAGAUAAAUGAACAAGAAAACAUUUGUAGCAAAUAAUCAUUUCCGGACAUUUUCUUUUACCAUCGCUAGCAAAAACGUUAGUUAAAAUGUUGGGAAUCACUGCCUUCAAGUAAAAACACACCCCUGAAGGUUUAACUUCAAAACCGCAGAAACCAAAAGUCUUUUUACAGCAUCUCUCGUCGAGGAAUCAUUUUUGUUGGAAUAACUUUUUAUUUGUACCAGAGUUGUGUUCAUCCGAAUGUUGUGUUGCCACAGAGGUGUGACUGCGCGUCUUUAGCGAUUGUAUUGUACCUAACAAAGCCUUAGAUGACCAUGAAUGGGUCACGGCCCAAACUUGUCAAUCACCAUGCAGGUAAAGAGCACCAAUGAUGUUUUCUAGUUAUCUCACACGCCGCUUACGAUACGUUUGUGCUUUCUCUAGGUAACAAUUCUUCUCUUAAAAAUCCAUUUAAGAGCUUUUAUGUACUACUUAAGGAUUUGAAUCUCUUUGAGAUGCAUAGUUGUAGAUGUUUCUUUGUUUUUGUUUUUUUUGCCUUACUAUAUUACUAUAUUACUUGACAACAUUGAUACGUAUAGCCGUUGUAGAUUUUGAGGUUGUAUGAAAUUCAUAAUCUUUUUUUUGUUUUCCAACCAUUAAUAAAUGAUAACGAUUUAAAUAUUCAUGUCAUUCAUAUAGCUGGAUGUCUUUUUUUUUUUUUCCUUCCCAUUUGGUUGGUGUUACAUUAUGUUUGUUUUGUGGUAUAUGUGGAAUUAGUUUUGCUGCGAUUGCAGCAACAACCAUUUUCCUUGUCGACGUGUCAAGAUCAUAUUUGAAAAGAUAUUGUAUCAAUCGAUAGAUUGUCCAUGUUUUAGGGUAAACGUUGUUUUCUACUGUAUCCAUUUCAAAGAAAAAUUAUGUCGUUUGGUUGGAAAUAUUUCUUUAAUUUGCCCUGAAUGUCAGGCCAAAAUAAGCAGUUGAGAUUUGAGGGUGUUUGGAUAUUAUUAAUGUUAUUAUUAUUAUUGUUUGUUUGUCGGGUGGGGGGAGGGCUGAUUGGUGAGGAUAGGAGAGAAGACUUUCCCCUGCUGGUGAAGUCAGAAAUGCUGCAGAUGAUGAGUUCUAACCUAAGGGACGAAGGUUGUGACUUUUUGCACUUCUGUAUAUAGUCAAAUAAACAGAGACAAAUGUGUAUCAUAUUGAGAUUAUUUUGAAUAAAAAAAAAAAGAUCUAUAAUUAUAGGGAAUUUUGUUAGAUUAAUUUAAAUUCAUAAAUCAGAAGACCAGCUAAAAUUGCUUGCAGAGAAGGGCACUAGUUUCUUGGCCAAUGCAUUUGGAGAAAGCUAUGCGCUUUUUGUCUUCUUUUAUCAGUGGCUAGUUUUGCCUGGGAAUGUUUUUGGGGGAAUAAUGGUCUCCCUGUCCUGCUUAAUCCAUCCCUUCAAAUGAUCCCAAUAUUUCAUUUGUUGGCCACAUCACUGCUCCUACGGUUCACUUGAUUCCCCCCCAAAAAAAAAAAAAAAAUUCCAUUAUGAUUUGACUGCAUGUAAAGAAAAACAUAGCUAUGUAAGCGUUCACAAUAAUCCGCACAGUAGAUAACAACCACAGUGGGGGAGAAAUAACACUUUUCCAAACAACUCAUCUUACGCUUGUGUGAUUCAAUAGUUUCCGAGCAAAUAUGUUAUUUAAAAAAAAAAAAAGAGGAAAAUAUGAGCACUCAUCCAACCCGAAUACUUUUCCGGAGCCAUAUAUAGUAUAUAUACAUAUUUCCAGUCGACUCACAGCAAGUUGUGUUGCUCUGCUCUUCAGAUUGUGCGCUCAGCAGGCGAAGGCCGGCCACGCCAAAUGCACAUUUGGGCAAAGGCAAGUCUUUCAAAUGAAUGUAAAGUGGCUGCUGUAUUGUUGCUAUAGAACCAAAGCACCAGAUUCUCCAAAACCAGACGUUCAGUCCGUCUCUUCCCUGCUGGGGGCACACACACAAAUCCACGCCAAUGCUUUUUGCCCGCUUUUUACUUGUAAGUGCAACUACCACUUAUGUAUUCGCUAACAGUUGCCACACGAUGAUGUCUGAUUUGUUUAUGCACACUUGAUUGUUGCCAUAAUUGACUCUUAUCUGUAUGGAUGAAAAAAUUAAAUAAAAAUGAUUUGAUUUGC